GUGCAAACUGAAUACUUACUUUUUGUGUGUACUUGAUAUUUGCUUUACCUUGAACGAGUAUUUUUGGACUUGUAUGGUAUUUGACCUAACUUGUUAUUUCGAGUAUCUGUCCAAAAAUAUGUUAUUUGCAAGUCACUUGCUUCGUUCGAUUAUGUUUCUACUUGUAAAUACAUAUGAAAUAUUUGGAUGUAUUUCCAAGUUUUUAAAAAUUACUUGCUAUAUAAUAUUCUAUCAAAGAAGGUUAUAAAAAUUUGUUAUGUUUAUUCGACUUGGAAAAAACAUAAGUUUUACGUCAAAUAAAAUAUCUGUACCUAUUAUUAAAAAGAAGAAGGAACAAAUACAUUAACAUUUUGAUAUGAAAGUAUCGUUUACUUUUUUCAACAAAGAAAUAUCUUUUUAAGGCUAUUUUUUUUCAAUCACAAAACAAGUAACUAAUAUCAAGACAAGUCACUAUUUUUUUUUGCGAUACUUGUUAUUUGACUUAUACUUGUAAGUAGCAAAAUUUAACUAUUUGAUAUUUAACUUAAUAAGGCCGAGUACCUAAAAACCAGAGUGUGUACGGAUCAAAUAACGGUAUAAAGUAAAUAAUGAGUAUUUUGUGUAAUGGGGUAUAAGGCAAGUAGUGAGUAUUUUGUGUCCAGCUAUUUUUAGCUGCAUAUCUCAACAUUAGUUACAGAGGAUCCCACAAAAUUGAUAACUAGAUACUAUGUUCCAGUUUUAAAUUAAUUACGAAGAUCUCUUUAUCCAUUAUAAAAGGGAAAAUUCGUUGGCACUAACGUAAUUGUCGUCUAGUCUCGACGACCUUGACUGUAAAUCCCUCAAAGUCCCAAAUAGUCAGUAAAUCCAAAUCUCAAAUAAAAUCUAAUUAAAUUAAAUUAUGAUGAACACUAAUGUUUCCUAAGCUUUUGGGGUUUGAUAAUGGCGUGACACCUUUUAUCUUCUUUUCAACAAAUCUCAUCUUCUCUUCUCACUCCAAUCGCUUGCUUGCUGCUCACUCCAUCCCUUAGAUUCUACAAUUCCUUUCAUACGACAGAGAAAAUGGGAAACUGCUUCCCCAAUUCCUCUACCAAAUCCACGUCUGAGAUCUCUCCGGCGACGGCGAAACCUACCUCCGCCGUCACCGUGAAACUCUCCGGACCGCCGAACAGCCUCGCAACUUCUUACCUCCGCUUCGCUCUCCUCCACAAGAAAGUACACCUCCGCUUCGUCCCCUCAGAAGACGAGAAGCCGACAAUCCACGUCGGAGCAGAGACGGUGUCGGGAUCUCAGGAGGUUCUGCUCCGUUACAUCGAGGACAAGUUCCCCGAGCCGAGGCUAAUGCUCUGGAAGUUCAACCUGGAAGGCUUCGACGAGGCGACGCCGCCGAUAGUGAAGAUGAUUUGGCUUCAGCACAGGAGCAUGCUGUGGCAUAUGGAGAGGAUGGUGAGGUGGUCGGAGGAUCUAGCGGCACGUGGAGGGAGGAGAGCCGUUGAUCCGUCGGUGGGGACGCCGAAGAUGGAGAUUAGGAAGUUCGCUAAGAGCUAUGGGGAGUUGCAUGAGCUGAUGGUUGAGCAUGCUCAGAUGGAAGAGAGGAUUCUUUUUCCUGUUCUUGAAUCGGUUGAUCGAGGGAUGUGUAAAAGUGCGAAUGAAGAACAUGGGAGAGAGUUACCGAUGAUGAAUGGUAUCAAAGAAUAUAUUAAAUCUAUUGGGGUGAUGAUGGACUCUGGGGUCUGUUCUGAGGAACUCUUUAGUCUUGCUUCUCGUUUCAAAUCAUUACAGAUGAUGUGUAAAGCACAUUUUGAAGAGGAAGAGAAAGAUUUGCUACCGAUGGUGGAAGCUGCGGAGAUGGGGAAAGGUAAGCAGAAGAAGCUGAUGAAUCAAAGCUUGGAGCUUAUGAGAGGGACUCACUCUAACGUCUGUGAUUUUCUACUCCAAGGUCUCACUCCUCAAGAAGCUAUGCAGUAUCUUGACUUGCUCAUGAAUUUUGCUGAUCCUAACUUUAUCUCAUCUUUUAUCUGCCAACAAGACAUUGCUGGCUGAUUUUUUUUUUCUUCUGGCUCAAAUUGUGAAAACUGGUUAUUGUUCGGUGAAGUGAGUUUGGUGUAAAUAUAGACAGAUUAUGCAUCAGGCUGCUUAGGGGAAAUCAUGACUACACAUGUUACUAUUCAACAACGUUAAUUUGAUUUUAAUCCUGUUUAUUGCUAAGAGCUGAAACUGAUUGAUGA